UGCAUUUGAGCACAGGAACGUAAUGGGAGCUGGCGAGGCCACGUAUUUGGCAUGGGAUGGUUUCGUGUGCCGCUUCUGGCAAGUGGACCAGCACGCGAGAACGGGAAGGUUCACCAUCACCAACAUACAGGUUAUCCAGAUUUUGCAGCUGAGAGUAUGGUAGCCCUAGGGUAGGGUUUCCCUACUGUGCACCACACCUGAUAUAUGAUCUCUAGCUCCUAGAAUUUCCUAUUGGUGAGAAUUCUGGGAGUUGAAGUCCCCACAUCUGGAAACUACCCAGGUAGUCCUGGGCAAUUUCCUUGAAGAGCUUUCCUGUAAAACUUAAUAAUUUCUCCUAUUUUUAAUGACAUAAGUAGUCCCUUUGAUUAGGGACACGGAGGCUCAAUGGCUAAGACACUGUGCUUGUCAAUCGAAAGGUCAGCAGUUCAGUGGUUUGAAUCCCUGGUGUUGCGUAAUGGGGUGAGCUCCCAUUUCUUGUCCCAGCUUCUGCCAACCUAAAAAAUGCAAGUAAAAGAAUAAGGACCACCUUUGAUGGGAAGGUAACAGCAUUCCGAGCGCCUUUGGUAUUUAGUCAUGCUAGCCACAUAACCACGGAGAUAUCUUUGGACAGUGCUGGCUCUUCAGCUUUGAAACGGAGAUGAACACCACCCCCUAGAGUUAGGAACGACUAGCACAUAUGUGCGAGGGGAACUUUUACCUUUAGUCCCUUUGAUAGCCAGAUCCUAAGCUUUAAAAAUUAAGUGGUUUUAAAUGUCAAAAUCAAUUACUGAAUUGCACACAGCAACAAAGGUGCUGUGUGCAGAGCAAGAGGUUCCAUAAUAUAGAUAGUUCUCAUUUAGUGACCACAAUUGGGAUUAGCAUUCAUUAAAUGGAGUGGUUGCUAAGUAAAAAAAUCACAGGAUUGCAACUGUUCUUAUGAUCUUACUUCAACUUUUCUUUGCUUUAUAGAUUUGAGAAGGUCGCAAAUGAAGGCCUCAAGUCACAAGGCUACUUUUCAACAUCAUUGCAACUGCAAAUGGUCACUGUCCAAGGGAGUUACUAAACAAGGACUCCUGUAGACCAACGUGAUAUGGAUGCAAUGAGCAGUUUGCUUGCUACUCUUUACAAAAGUUGAAAGUUCUGGGUGUAGAGUCCCAUUAUAAGAGUACAAAUAUGAUGGAAUCAGGGCAUCGGUUACUGCAGCCAGGUUGGACCAUUUGAAUAAAACCUACAUUAGGUUAUGUAAACAUGCACUUUGGCUCCACCUUCAUUGAAAAUCCGAAGACAGAAAAUGAUCAAAGAGCACUCCCAUUACAGCGACAGAAAGGGAAAUGCACUUGCUUGGGAUGAAAAAUCGCAUAAAAACAUGAUACAACAUUUUAUCAAUGAGCAUCCGUCAGCAAAAAAUACAUGGAGACUUCUGGAAACUGGAACUGUCUGACAAACCAGAAGUCAGAGGUCCAAGGAUAUAGAGAGAGAGAAAGAAAGAGAAACUAAGACUGGUAUUUUGGGGCUUGUGCCAAGGUCCACGAUGCCUUAGCCAUCGGUGCCAAAAAAAAGCAUUAUUAAAAAUAUGAAGGUGUCUGUACCACAGUGCACACAGAAUAGUGCAGUUCUCCUCCUCCUCCUCCAAGUUCUUCUCAAGUUUGACAUCCUUCUUGCUGCCCCUUCAAUUGGACUCCAAGAGGAGAAGGGAUCUGGGCUUGAGACCAUCCCUGAAAAGAAGCUGGAUCUGCAGAAAGAAUUUAGCAUGAGCUUAAAACUCACGCGACAACUUCUUCACAAAACAAAGGAUCUUACAAGAUACUACCUUUUGGAGCGUUUACCUGGAGUUGAGGUUCCUCUUAUUUCUCACUUGGGGCGCCUUCCCUCAACCAGCCUUGAUUUUCACACAUGGAUCUCUCUUUCGGAUGCGAGACGCCUGUUGCAGAUAGCCAAGACCGUUUCAUUUUAUCACAAGUUAGUACAUCAGCUGAGGAACUUUGAAGCAAUCAAAGAAAAUUCCAAAUUCUCCUCUCAGUUUGAAGAUAUCGAUGUUAACCUCCGAGAUCUUGGUCAUCAAGUGGAUUACCAGAUUACACUUUGGGGGCUAUCAUCUGAUAUCCAGCCUAUAUCAACUCCUCAGAUCCUUCAGUACCGCAGUCAGUGGAGGAACCGCCAAGAAGUAUAUAUUGUCCUUCGUUCUCUUGAAAGCUUCCUGGUUCGGGUCGCACGAGAUUUUUUGAUGCUCAGGUUGAGCGUGCCCAAAGUGGCUUCACCUUCCAAGAUAUUUUAAUCUUAACAUUUCUUGUUUUAAACUCCAUCACCUUAUUCCAAACAACUAAGUAAUGCUGGAAUCCUGGUAUCUCAAUGUUCAUGCUGUUCUGUAAAUUAUCUAAAAUAUCUAAUUUAUAUAUCUAUUUAUUUUUUUCUAAAUAUUUUAUUAUUUUAACUUAUUUGUUAAGUGUUUUGCCAAGUUCACAUAAGCAAUUGUUUAGUGAAUGCACUUUCUCAUGACAAUGUAAAAGUUUUUUUUUCAAAGGUCAGAAAGAAUUGCCAGCUAGUUUGCAGUGAAUUUUAAAUAUUGUGUUUAUCCAUAAAAAUAUGGAUUUUUAUACUUUAUCUAGUUUUUUUAAUGGCUACUUACUCAAAUGGGCCAGAGAAUCUUGAGGGUAUCUACAGAAAGAUAUAUAAUAUAUAAACCCAAUGGAUUAUGGAGAAACUAUUCUUUAAUUUUCUAAAACAGAUUGAGUAAAUAUGUAUCUGGUAUAAAAUAUAUGUUUUAAGUGAUGCUGCCUUUUCUAAGCUUGA